UCUAGAUCUAUGCGAUCUUUGUCAAAGGAGAACAACUUCCGGCUUCCGGUUCAGGGGUUAAACCUUAGAGCAGCAUGGAAGCCCCAGAGAGGGAGGGAGGACGAAAGAGGGGCCCCAAAGUCAAGAAGGCGAGCAAAGUAGAUGAAUCUGAACUUCUUACUGUUCCUGAUGGAUGGAAAGAGCCAGCCUUUACAAGAGAAGAUAAUCCUAGAGGGCUUCUGGAAGAAAGCAGCUUUGCCACGCUCUUCCCAAAGUACAGAGAAGCAUACUUGAAAGAAUGCUGGCCAUUAGUGCAGAAAGCACUGAAUGAACAUCACAUAAAGGCAGCUUUAGAUUUAAUUGAAGGAAGCAUGACUGUCAGCACAACAAAGAAGACCUUUGAUCCCUUUAUAAUCAUCAGAGCCAGAGACUUAAUAAAGCUUUUAGCAAGAAGUGUUCCAUUUGAACAGGCUGUACGCAUCCUUGAAGAUGAUGUUGCCUGUGACAUCAUUAAAAUAGCGUCCCUGGUGAGAAACAGAGAACGAUUUAUAAAAAGACGACAGAGGCUUCUUGGUCCCAAUGGAUCUACUCUCAAGGCUCUAGAACUACUGACAAACUGCUACAUCUUGGUUCAGGGGAACACAGUUUCAGCUCUUGGACCUUUUAAUGGUUUAAAAGAGGUUAGGAAAGUUGUGCUGGAUACAAUGAAGAAUAUUCAUCCCAUAUAUAAUAUCAAAACCCUGAUGAUUAAGGGGAUUUGUCAAAGAUCCGGAAUUAAGAGCACAACUGGGAACUUUUUUGCCAAGUUCAACACAAUAUUUGAACAAAAGAAGGAACCAAGAAAGAAGAAUGUCAAAAAGAUAUACUCCCUUCCCCCUCCCAACCAGAGAGUCAGGUCUAUCGAUAAAGAAUUGGCAAGUGGUGAAUAUUUCUUGAAAGGAAAGUCAAAAGAAGCUAAGAGAGUAGAAGAGAUAAAGGCAAAACAAGCUGAGGCAGUCAGCAGAAGACAAGAGGAGAGGAACAAAGCUUUUAUUCCCCCUAAGGAAAAACCAGCUGUAAACACAGAAGAAAAAGUAACUCCUUCUGAAACAAAAAUUGAUAUUGAAGCAAUUAAAGAAAAAGUGAAAAAGGCAAAGAAGAAGAAGCUGGGAGCACUUCCAGUCGAAGAAGUUAAGCUAAAAAUUGCAGCAGAUGAAAAGAAAAAGAAAAAGAAACCAUCUUUGAAGUUAUAGUAC